UUUAUUCGUCUGUAACGUAACAAUUCAUACAACGCAUGAUACUCUAGUGCACGAGACUCCAUAAAACCAAAAUUGGAAACAAUAACUAAUAAAAGAAAACCUUAAUCAAAUAAAAAUAUGGGCAGACCAGGAUUUGGAGGUGGUCGUGGUGGUGGAUUUGGACGUGGUGGAGGUGGAAGAGGUGGAGGUGGAAGAGGUGGAGGAGGUGAUAGAGGAGGUAGAGGUGGUGGAGGAAGAGGUGGAGGUGGAAGAGGAAGAGGUGGAGCAAGAGGUGGACGUGGAGGCAUGCGAGGAGGAAAGAAAACUGUUAUUGAACCGCAUAGACAUGAAGGUGUAUUUAUUGCAAGAGGUAAAGAGGAUGCUUUAGUAACUUUGAAUCUAGUAACUGGAAAUACUGUUUAUGGAGAGAAGAAAAUUUCUGUUGAUAAUGAAGAAAAUGGUACUAAAACAGAAUACAGAGUUUGGAAUCCAUUUAGGUCAAAGUUAGCUGCUGCAAUUUUAGGUGGUGUUGAGAAAAUACACAUGAAACCUGGCUCAAAAGUUUUAUAUUUAGGAGCUGCUUCUGGAACAACUGUCUCCCAUGUGUCAGACCUUGUAGGCCCUGAGGGCUUGGUGUAUGCUGUUGAAUUUUCACAUCGAUCUGGCCGUGAUUUAUUAAAUGUUGCAAAACAACGUACAAAUAUUAUACCAAUUAUAGAAGAUGCUCGUCAUCCACAUAAAUAUCGAAUGCUUGUUGGUAUGGUUGAUACAAUAUUUGCUGAUGUUGCUCAACCCGAUCAAGCUCGAAUUGUUGCCCUUAAUGCGCAUAAUUUUCUAAAAAAUAAUGGUCAUUUUGUUAUAUCUAUUAAGGCUAAUUGCAUUGACUCUACGGCAUCACCAGCUGCUGUUUUUGCCGGAGAAGUAAAAAAACUACAAGCUGAAAAACUUAAACCACAGGAACAACUUACUCUGGAACCAUAUGAAAGAGAUCAUGCUGUUGUUGUUGGUACAUACAGGGCACCACCAAAGAAGAAAGAUUGAGAAAGUUAUCUUUGUUAAAUUUAUUUGGAGCGAUCACUGACUUUUAUAUAUCAUUCUUAUAAAACUGCGUUUUAUUUUUACAGAAGAUAAACUUAAUGUUUUUGUCAAUUUUUCAAAAAUAUAAUUGGAAUAAAGGUCGAUUGAUUGGCGAUAAGCCUCGACUGAUUGGUGAUAAGCCUCAAUAAGUGCAGUUAUACGAUAGUUUGGCGUGACGCUUAAAUAAAUUAAUUGUAUAACAUUUUUAUAAGUUAAAUAAAGAAACUUAAUA